CUAUUCUCCACAGCCCGGAGUAUUAGCCACGCAGACACGAAAAGAGAGGAAAGAAAAAGAAAGAGAGAGAGAGAGAGAGAGAGAGGAAAGGAGGGGGGGAGACAGUUAAAAUAAUCUAAAAAGAAACUUUUGAGCGAGAAAGUAGAAAGCAAGAGAAACGUAUUAAUAAUUUUACGCAUUGUUUUGCGUGGCAAGGCUCGACACCAAAAGGAGCAGAGAGAGGCGAAAGAUGCGCAUGCAGAUGUGCUGAAACUUUUGUCUGUAAGGAAUUCUUAUCGAUAGAAUAUAAAGGAGGAGGAGGGAAGGACUCAGAGAAGUGGAGCCCCUGGCAGUGUUUGAGCAACUGGGAGUGCAAGUACGUGAUCCGAGGCUGAUACAUACCUCAUUGAGACAAGAGACAAGAAAACGAAAGUUUGAGGAUGGCUGAGGAAGAGGAAACGAGAGAGGUCCUCUUCCCACAAUGGAUGGGCGCAGACAAACAUGGCCUCACCAUUGAACAGUCUGGCGAGGGUGAAAUCUUUGUCACGGAGGUGAAAACUGAGUCCACUGCUGCACGCACUGGGAGAGUGCAUGAAGGUGACCAGAUUGUGGGCGCCACAAUCUACUUUGAAAAUAUGAGCUCAGAUGAAACAGCAGAUCUUCUUAAGACACUCAAUCGCCACAAGGUUGGACUGAAACUACAGAACCGAGGGGACAAAUCACCUUGCCGCUCCCCUGUAGGAACCCUUACUUGGGAAAGUAGGAGCCGAUUUGGGAGCUCCAGUCCUGAAAUUAUACUGAGUGGAGAUGAUGAAGACUACAGGAGAAUCUACACCAAGAAGAUCAAGCCCAGGCUGAAGUCUGAGGACCUCGCAGAGGGAGUGGAUGUGCGCACAGAACGUCACAGCAGCACUAGCACUGAUGGAAGCACCAUCACCACCAUCACCCGUCGUAUAACCACCUAUACUGUGGAUGUGCCAGGGGACUCCAGCCAGCAAAUUGACCUCUCCAGCCCAGAGUUCAAGAUUAAGGUCCCACGCCAUGAGCUUUCGGGGGAAACAGAUGCUGGUUCUACUCAGAUCAGGGGGCCACAUAUUAUCUUUGGAGGCACAAGUGGAACUGGGGAGGGUGCCUUUGCAUCAGAGGACAACACAUUUGUAGGUCCUCAAGUCUCUGGUUCCUCUGAGAAGCACUGGAGUAUGAAGACCACCACUGUUGGCAGAGAGGUAGAGGGAGAUGGCAAAGAGCUCAGAUUCAAAGUUCCUGGCGUUGGCACGUCAAGUGGCAAGUUACAGGGGGAGUUCAGUGUCUCUGGAGGGACCCACCAAGAUGAGAGCAGUAUUCGGGUCCCAGGUACCAAUGUGACAGUCACAGAGACUGUCCGACUCAGUGGAAGUAGGACCACAGCUGGUGACAUGGAAAUUACUUCCCCUGAAUUAAAAAAGGGGUCAGUAAGUGUUUCUUUAUCUGGACGAUCCAAAGACCUACCAUCUAUUGACAUUAGUAAAGUCAACACUAGAGUAUCUGGCAUGAGCAUCAGCAGCAGUUCAGGGGUUAUAAGUGGCAAAGGUUCUGGUGUGGACUUCAAAGACCAUACUGGUGAUGUAAGAGCAUCAAAGGUUUCUGUGGAGCAUGACAUGAAAGGAGCAUCAUCUGGGAGUUUCAGUAUCUCUGGACCUGAGGGACCUGUUCAAACACGCAAGAUAUCAGACAUGGACAUUAAAUUAAAAGGACCCAGCUUCAAAGGAGGACUUUCAUCUACCACUAUAUCGACAGAAAUGACACCUCCCAAUGUGGACAUCAAUGCUGCAGGUUUUUCCGAAGGUGCAGGAAAAUUUAAGAGUGACAUUUCCACAACAAAAUUUAACAUCGAGGCACCAAAAAUAAAGGGAGAUACUAAUGCAUCUAUAAAAGGACUGAAAAUUGAAACAAAAGAUAUCUCAUUAUCCAGUUCUGCCUCCAGAGGACAAAACAUUGAAGGUCCUAAUGUUAACAUCAAUAUCAAAAAACCAUCAGCAGCAGUUGCUUCUCCAGGGGCAGAUCUGAAUGUUAGUGGUUUUGAAAGUGAACUCAAAGGAAUGAAAGGUGGAAUCAAAAUGCCUUCUAUUAGCCUUAAAGGAGAAAGCACUGACAUUAAAAUGAGGGGCCCAGACAUGGGAGACAUCAGCAUCCCGAAGGUAGACAUUAGCAUUCCAGACAUCACAGAUCCAAAGGCUGACAUCAAGGUACCUAAACUAAAAGGACACAUCUCAUCAACAUCUAAAACAGAAAAUGUAAUCGAAGAUAUUACAAUUGCAGGACCAGAUAUUAACAUCAAAGCACCAGAAGGACAAGUAAAGAUCCCUGGCAUCAAAGUUAAAGGGCCCAGUAUUAAAGGACCGAAAAUAGCUGUGACAAAAUCUGAUACUGGAAAAAAGGACUUAAAGAUUGAAGGAGAUAUUAAAGCCCGAACGGCAGACAUCAAACCACGGGACAGAGAAGCCAAAGACAUAGGCAUAGAAAACCCUGAUCUCAAGCUCACCACAAUUAAAAUACCUUCAUUUGGAGUAAAAGGACAAGGAACAGAUGGCUGCGAAGUAGACAUGAAUAUCAAAGGGCCAAGAGUGAAAGAUGUGGAUGUGUCAGUACCAAAGAUUAAAGGUGAAAUCAAAGUUCCAAAAGGUGAUACUGAAGGUCCAGAUAUUGACCUUGAAGGCACUGCAGGUGGAUUCAAGAUGCCCAAAAUCAAAAUUCCAUCAUUUGGAUUGAAAGGUCCAAAAAUUGAGGGUCCUGAUAUUGAUGUUGAUCUGCCCAAGGCUGAAAUUGAUGUCAAAGGCCCAAAGGUUGAUGUUGAAGGACCGGAACUUGACAUUGAAGGACCUGAUGGCAAGAUCAAGGGACCAAAAUUCAAAAUGCCACCCAUGUCUGGACCCAAAAUUUCAAGGCCCGAUGUGGAUUUCAACCUUAAAGGACCUAAACUGAAAGGAGACAUUGAUGUGUCAGUGCCGAAGAUUGAAGGUGAAAUCAAAGCUCCAAAAGUUGAUAUUGAGGGUCCAGAUUUCAACAUUGAAAAUACUAGUGGUGGAUUCAAGAUGCCCAAAAUCAAAAUUCCAUCAUUUGGAUUGAAAGGUCCCAAAAUUGAGGGUCCUGAUAUUGAUGUUGAUCUGCCCAAAGCUGAAAUUGAUGUCAAAGGCCCAAAGAUUGAUGUUGAAGGACCAGAACUUGACAUUGAAGGACCUGAUAGCAAAAUCAAGGGACAAAAAUUCAAAAAGCCACAAAUAUCUGGACCUAAAAUCUCAGUGCCCGACAUGGAUUUCAAUCUUAAAGGACCAAAACUGAAAGGAGAUGUGGAUGUGUCAGUACCAAAAAUUGAAGGUGAAAUCAAAGGUCCAAAAGUUGAUAUUGAGGGUCCAGAUGUCAACAGUGAAGGUAUUAGCGGUGGAUUCAAGAUGCCCAAAAUCAAAAUUCCAUCGUUUGGAUUGAAAGGUCACAAAAUUGAGGGUCCUGAUGUUGAUGUUGAUCUGCCCAAAGCUGAAAUUGAUGUCAAAGUCCCAAAGGUUGAUGUUGAAGGACCAGAACUUGACAUUGAAGGACCUGAUGGCAAGAUCAAAGGACCAAAAUUCAAAAUGCCAUCCAUGUCUGGACCCAAAAUAUCAGUGCCUGAUAUGGAUUUCAAUCUUAAAGGACCUAAACUGAAAGGAGAUGUCAAUGUGUCAGUGCCAAAGAUUGAAGGUGAAAUCAAAGUUCCAAAAGGUGAUAUUGAAGGUCCAGAUAUUGACCUUGAAGGCACUGCAGGUGGAUUCACGAUGCCCAAAAUCAAAAUGCCAUCAUUUGGAAUGAAAGGUCCCAAAAUUGAGGGUCCUGGUGUUGACGUUAAUCUGCCCAAAGCUGAAAUUGAUGUCAAAGGCCCUAAACUUGAUAUUGAAGGACCGGAACUUGACAUUGAAGGACCUGAUGGCAAGAUCAAGGGACCAAAAUUCAAAAUGCCAUCCAUGUCUGGACCCAAAAUCUCAAGGCCUGAUGUGGAUUUCAACCUUAAAGGACCUAAACUGAAAGGAGAUGUUGAUGUGUCAGUGCCGAAGAUUGAAGGUGAAAUCAAAGUUCCAAAAGGUGAUAUUGAAGGUCCAGAUAUUGACCUUGAAGGCACUGCAGGUGGAUUCAAGAUGCCCAAAAUCAAAAUGCCAUCAUUUGGAAUGAAAGGUCCCAAAAUUGAGGGUCCUGAUGUUGACGUUAAUCUGCCCAAAGCUGAAAUUGAUGUCAAAGGCCCAAAACUUGAUAUUGAAGGACCGGAACUUGACAUUGAAGGACCUGAUGGCAAGAUCAAGGGACCAAAAUUCAAAAUGCCAUCCAUGUCUGGACCCAAAAUCUCAAGGCCUGAUGUGGAUUUCAACCUUAAAGGACCUAAACUGAAAGGAGACGUUGAUGUGUCAGUGCCGAAGAUUGAAGGUGAAAUCAAAGUUCCAAAAGGUCAUAUUGAAGGUCCAGAUAUUGACCUAGAAGGCACUGCAGGUGGAUUCAAGAUGCCCAAAAUGAAAAUGCCAUCAUUUGGAAUGAAAGGUCCCAAAAUUGAGGGUCCUGAUGUUGACGUUAAUCUGCCCAAAGCUGAAAUUGAUGUCAAAGGCCCAAAACUUGAUAUUGAAGGACCAGAACUUGACAUUGAAGGACCUGAUGGCAAGAUCAAAGGACCAAAAUUCAAAAUGCCAGCCAUAUCUGGACCCAAAAUCUCAAUGCCUGAUGUGGAUUUCAAUCUUAAAGGACCUAAACUAAAAGGAGAUGUGGAUGUGUCAGUGCCAAAGAUUGAAGGUGAAAUCAAAGUUCCAAAAGGUCAUAUUGAAGGUCCAGAUAUUGACCUUGAAGGCACUGCAGGUGGAUUCAAGAUUCCCAAAAUCAAAAUGCCAUCAUUUGGAAUGAAAGGUCCCAAGAUUGAGGGUCCUGAUGUUGACGUAAAUCUGCCCAAAGCUGAAAUUGAUGUCAAAGGCCCAAAACUUGAUAUUGAAGGACCGGAACUUGACAUUGAAGGACCUGAUGGCAAGAUCAAAGGACCAAAAUUCAAAAUGCCAGCCAUAUCUGGACCCAAAAUCUCAAUGCCUGAUGUGGAUUUCAAUCUUAAAGGACCUAAACUGAAAGGAGAUGUGGAUGUGUCAGUGCCAAAGAUUGAAGGUGAAAUCAAAGUUCCAAAAGGUCAUAUUGAAGGUCCAGAUAUUGACCUUGAAGGCACUGGAGGUGGAUUCAAGAUGCCCAAAAUCAAAAUGCCAUCAUUUGGAAUGAAAGGCCCCAAAAUUGAGGGUCCUGAUAUUGACGUUAAUCUGCCCAAAGCUGAAAUUGAUGUCAAAGGCCCAAAACUUGAUAUUGAAGGACCGGAACUUGACAUUGAAGGACCUGAUGGCAAGAUCAAAGGACCAAAAUUCAAAAUGCCAGCCAUAUCUGGACCCAAAAUCUCAAUGCCUGAUGUGGAUUUCAAUCUUAAAGGACCUAAACUGAAAGGAGAUGUGGAUGUGUCAGUGCCAAAGAUUGAAGGUGAAAUCAAAGUUCCAAAAGGUGAUAUUGAAGGUCCAGAUAUUGACCUUGAAGGCACUGGAGGUGGAUUCAAGAUGCCCAAAAUCAAAAUGCCAUCAUUUGGAAUGAAAGGUCCCAAAAUUGAGGGUCCUGAUGUUGAUGUUAAUCUUCCCAAACCUGAAAUUGAUGUCAAAGGCCCAAAGCUUGAUUUUGAAGGACCAGAACUUGACAUUGAAGGACCUCAUGGCAAAAUCAAGAGCCCAAAAUUCAAAAUGCCAUCCAUAUCUGGACCUAAAAUUUCAAUGCCUGAUGUGGAUUUCAAUCUUAAAGGACCUAAACUGAAAGGAGAUGUGGAUGUUUCAGUGCCAAAGAUUGAAGGUGAAAUCAAAGUUCCAAAAGGUGAUAUUGAAGGUCCGGAUAUUGACCUUGAAGGCACUGGAGGUGGAUUCAAGAUGCCCAAAAUCAAAAUGCCAUCAUUUGGAUUGAAAGGUCCCAAAAUUGAGGGUCCUGAUGUUGAUGUUAAUCUUCCCAAACCUGAAAUUGAUGUCAAAGGCCCAAAACUUGAUUUUGAAGGACCAGAACUUGACAUUGAAGGACCUCAUGGCAAAAUCAAGAGCCCAAAAUUCAAAAUGCCAACCAUAUCUGGACCUAAAAUUUCAAUGCCUGAUGUGGAUUUCAAUCUUAAAGGACCUAAACUGAAAGGAGAUGUGGAUGUGUCAGUGCCAAAGAUUGAAGGUGAAAUCAAAGUUCCAAAAGGUCAUAUUGAAGGUCCAGAUAUUGACCUUGAAGGCACUGCAGGUGGAUUCAAGAUGCCCAAAAUCCACAUGCCAUCAUUUGGAAUGAAAGGUCCCAAAAUUGAGGGUCCUGAUGUUGACGUUAAUCUGCCCAAAGCUGAAAUUGAUGUCAAAGGCCCAAAACUUGAUAUUGAAGGACCGGAACUUGACAUUGAAGGACCUGAUGGCAAGAUCAAAGGACCAAAAUUCAAAAUGCCAGCCAUAUCUGGACCCAAAAUCUCAAUGCCUGAUGUGGAUUUCAAUCUUAAAGGACCUAAACUGAAAGGAGAUGUGGAUGUGUCAGUGCCAAAGAUUGAAGGUGAAAUCAAAGUUCCAAAAGGUGAUAUUGAAGGUCCAGAUGUUGACCUUGAAGGCACUGGAGGUGGAUUCAAGAUGCCUAAAAUCAAAAUGCCAUCAUUUGGCUUGAAAGGUCCCACAAUUGAGGGUCCUGAUGUUGAUGUUAAUCUUCCCAAACCUGAAAUUGAUGUCAAAGGCCCAAAGCUUGAUUUUGAAGGACCAGAACUUGACAUUGAAGGACCUCAUGGGAAAAUCAAGAGCCCAAAAUUCAAAAUGCCAGCCAUGUCUGGACCCAAAAUCUCAAUGCCUGAUGUGGAUUUCAAUCUUAAAGGACCUAAACUGAAAGGAGACGUGGAUGUGUCCGUGCCAAAGAUUGAAGGUGAAAUCAAAGCUCCAAAGGUUGAAAUUGGUGGUGCAGAUGGUAAUGUUGAUGUUCCAGAAGGUGGAUUCAAGAUGCCUAAGUUCAGAAUGCCUAAAUUUGGAUUUAAAGGUCAUAAAGUGGAGGGCCCCGAUAUUGACCUUAAUCUCCCUAAAGCUGACAUUAAUGUGAAAGGGCCAAAGGUUGAUAUUCAUAGUCCUGAUAUUGAUAUUGAAGUACCUGAAGGUAAAGUGAAAGGAACAAAGUUCAGGUUGCCAUCUUUAUCAAGUCCAAAGAUCACCAUGCCUGAUGUUGAUCUCAACCUGAAAGGGCCAAAAAUCAAGGGUGAUGUGGAUGUGUCAGGACCAAAGUUUGAAGGUGAUGUCAAAGGACCAAAAGUUGACAUUCAUGGGUCGGAUGUAGAUGUGAAGAGUCCUGAAGGAGGAUUUAAAAUGCCAAAAUUCAGGAUGCCCAAAUUUGGAUUUAAAGGUCAUAAGGUUGAGGGUCCGGACAUUGAUGUGAACCUUCCAAAAGCUGAAAUUGAUAUCAAAACACCCAAAGGUAAUAUUGAAGGAUCAGAUGUAAACAUUGAAGGUCCUGAAGGUGGAUUCAAGAUGCCUAAAAUGAAAAUGCCAUCGUUUGGACUGAAAGGUCCCAAAAUUGAAGGUCCUGAUGUUGAUGUCAGUCUGCCCAAAGCUGAAAUUGAUGUCAAAGGCCCAAAACUUGAUUUUGAAGGACCAGAACUUGACAUGGAAGGACCUCAUGGCAAAAUCAAGAGCCCAAAAUUCAAAAUGCCAGCCAUAUCUGGACCCAAAAUCUCAAUGCCUGAUGUGGAUUUCAAUCUUAAAGGACCUAAACUGAAAGGAGAUGUGGAUGUGUCAGUGCCAAAGAUUGAAGGUGAAAUCAAAGUUCCAAAAGGUCAUAUUGAAGGUCCAGAUAUUGACCUUGAAGGCACUGCAGGUGGAUUCAAGAUGCCCAAAAUCCACAUGCCAUCAUUUGGAAUGAAAGGUCCCAAAAUUGAGGGUCCUGAUGUUGACGUUAAUCUUCCCAAACCUGAAAUUGAUGUCAAAGGCCCAAAGCUUGAUAUUGAAGGACCAGAACUUGACAUUGAAGGACCUGAUGGCAAGAUCAAAGGACCAAAAUUCAAAAUGCCAGCCAUAUCUGGACCUAAAAUCUCAAUGCCUGAUGUGGAUUUCAAUCUUAAAGGACCUAAACUGAAAGGAGAUGUCGAUGUAUCAGUGCCAAAGAUUAAAGGUGAAAUCAAAGUUCCAAAAGGUGAUAUUGAAGGUCCAGAUAUUGACCUUGAAGGCACUGGAGGUGGAUUCAAGAUGCCCAAAAUGAAAAUGCCAUCAUUUGGAUUGAAAGGUCCCAAAAUUGAGGGUCCUGAUGUUGAUGUUAAUCUUCCCAAACCUGAAAUUGAUGUCAAAGGCCCAAAGCUUGAUUUUGAAGGACCAGAACUUGACAUUGAAGGACCUCAUGGCAAGAUCAAAGGACCAAAAUUCAAGAUUCCAGCCAUGUCUGGACCCAACAUCUCAAUGCCUGAUGUGGAUUUCCAUCUUAAAGGACCUAAAUUGAAAGGAGACGUGGAUGUGUCAGUGCCAAAGAUUGAAGGUGAAAUCAAAGUCCCAAAAGCUGACAUUGAAGGUCUUGAUGUUAAUCUGGAAGCACCUGAAGGUGGAUUUAAGAUGCCAAAGAUCAAAAUGCCCACGUUUGGAGGGAAAGGUUUUCAGACUGAAUUGCCAGACAUUGACAUCUCUGGUCCAAAGAUUGAAGGGGAUAUUCAAGUGCCAGAUGUUGAUAUUGCGGGGCCUGAAGGUAAAAUCAAAGGCCCGAAGUUUGGGAUUCCAGCCGUCUCUGGUCCAAAUGUCAAAAUGCCAGGAUUUAAUAUCAGGGGUCCAAAAAUAGAAGGUGAUAUUAAAGGGCCAAACAUAGACAUGAAUCCUCCAGACUUGCACAUGGAGAGCCGUGAUCUUAACAUUGAAGGACCUGAAACAAAUGUUAAGGGGCCCAAAUUCAAAAUGCCAAAGAUAUCAGGGCCUAACAUCAAAAUGCCUGAAUUUAAUCUUAACCUGAAAGGACCAAAACUAGAGGGUGACAUAAAAGGACCUGAUGUUGAUCUGGAAGCACCUGAUGUCAACAUUGAAGGUACAGAGUUUGAUAUCAAAGGUGAUGCCAAACUAAAAAUGCCUAAGAUGGUAGACCCAACGAUUGAUAUUGACAGUCCCAGUUUCAGCAUUGAAAAGCCAGAGGUACAUUUCCCCAAAUUCAAAGGGCCUAAAUUUGGAAUUAAGGUUCCUAAAAUAGAAGGACCAGAAGUGGAGCUUCCUUCGGGUAAGUUUGAUGUUAAAGCACCCAGUGCUGGCAUUGAUCUCCAAGCUCCUGAUGUCAACAUAGAAGGGCCUGAUGCAAAUAUUAAAAUGCCUAAAAUCAAGAUGCCCAAAUUCCACUUAGGCAAGAGUCCUAAAGCAGAUGCUAAACUGCCUGAAGCUGAUGUUAAUCUUGAAAGCCCUGACAUUGAUAUUAAUCUAAAAGGAAAAAAGGGCAAGUUUAAAAUGCCAAAAAUGAAAGGGAAGGUAAAAAAGCCUGAUGUCAAUAUUGAUGCUAGUGCACCUGACAUUGAUUUGGACGUUGACUCACCGGAGCUCCAUCUGAAAGGUCCCAAGGUAAAGAAACCAUUAUUUGGGAAGUUGCAUUUUCCUGAUGUUGAGUUUGACAUAAAAUCUCCAAAGGUUAAGAGUGACAGCUCCCUCUCAGGCACUUUAAAGACCUCAGAUAUGGACCUGCCUUCAGCAAGCCUUAAAGCAGAUGUAAAAGGUUCAGAUGUUGACCUUCCAGAUGUUAAUUUGGAAGGUCCUGAUGUGAAAAUGAAAAAACCCAAAAUCAAAUUUCCCAAGGGGAAGAUCAAGCUUGAUGGACCUGAUGCCGACUUUGAAGGACUUGGAGGAAAGUUACAGGAUCCUGGAUUUAAGAUACCUGCUGUGGAUAUUAAGGCCCCAAAGUUUUCUGCCCCUGAUUUAAGUUUGAAGGAACCUAAGAUCAAGGGAGAAACAGAUCUGUCCUUUGACUUGAAGGGACCAAAGGUUAACAUAGAAGGUCUUAAUAUUGAAGGAUCUGAAGGAAAUCUUAAGGGGUCAGGAUUGAAGAUGCCUUCCUUGGACAUUAAAGCGCCAAAAAUAUCUGUACCUGAUUUCAAUUUGAAGGGACCCAAGAUUAAAGGUGACUUGGAUGUUUCUGGGGGAAUAAAGGGUCCCACAGUUUAUGCAGAGGGUCCCAGUGUAGACCUGGAAGGACCAGAGGGUACCAUUAAAGGUCCAGGAUUGAAGAUGCCAUCACUUAACAUCAAGGCACCCAAGAUAACUGUACCAGAUAUUGACCUAAACCUUAAAGGACCCAAAGUUAAGGGAGACAUGGAUGUUUCAGGCAAAAUAAAGGGCCCCACUGCUGACCUAGAAGGACCUCACAUAGACUUUGGUAGUUCUGAUGGUAAGACUAAAGGUCCAUCAUUCAAGAUACCAUCUCUUGACAUUAAUGCUCCAAAGAUUACUCCACCAGAUAUCAGCUUGAAGGCCCCCAAGACCAAAGGUGAAGUUGACAUAACAGGGGAUUUGAAAGUUCCAUGUGUACAUAUCGAGGGGUCAGAUGUAGACAUCAAGGGGCCUGAUGGAAAGAUAAAGGGUCCCGAUUUUAAGAUGCCCUCCCUUGAUAUAAAAGCACCAAAGAUCUCUCUUCCUGAUGUUAAUCUCAAUGUUGAAGGAUCAAAGAUAAAAGGAGACAUGGACCUUUCUGGAGAUGCAAAUUUUGAGUGUCCAAAUGUUGAAAUUGAAGGAGAUGGUAGUGGAAUAAAAAUGCCCAAAAUGAAAAUGCCAAAGAUUGGGUUUAAAGGUCCUAAUGUUCAAGGCUCAGAUGUGGACAUGAACAUCCCUACAGCUAAUAUUGAUGUCAAAGUUCCAAAAGUUGAUAUUAAAGGUCCAGAGCUAGAAAUCGAAGGACCUGAUGGCAAAGUUGAGGGACCAAAAUUUAGUAUGACAUCUAUAUCUGGUCCAAAGAUUUCAUUGCCUGAUUUGGACUUCAGUGUAAAAGGCCCAAAAGUGAAGGGAGAUGUGGAUGUUGACAUUAAAGGUCCAAAAGUAGACACUGAAGGACCACAAUUAGAAGUGGAAGGACCAGAGGGUGGAAUGAAAAUGCCUCAAAUAAAGAUGCCGAAAUUUGGGUUUAAAAGUCCAAAAGUAGAUGGUCCAGAAAUUGACUUAUCAGGUCCAACCAUUGAAGGCCAAAUCAAAAGGCCACAAGGAGAAAUAAAGGGUCCUGGCAUAGAUAUGAAGACACCAGAACUAGAUUUGGAAGCACCAGAAUUAAAAGGAAAGAAAUCAAAAUUCAAGAUGCCGAAGUUUAGUUUUGGAAGCCCAAAACUGGAGGGUGCUGACAUUGAUGUCAACAUGAAAGGCCCAAAAAUCAGUGGUGGCCUUGACACUUCUGGAUGUGAGAUAUCUGGAGACUUACAAGGGCCAAGCCUGAAAGUAGAUACUCCAGAGUUGAGCCUAAAAGGACCACACAUCACAGGUGGAGGGCUGGACAUCAAAGCGGAGACAGGAGUUGACCCAGAAGUGUCAGGUGGAAUGGAAUACCCUGAGGGCAAGGUCACUUUUCCUAAGAUCAAAGUUCCCAAGUUUGGUAUCUCCAUGCCUCAAUUGGAAGGUCCUGAGAUGGGGGUAGACAUUGGAACAGGAGGUGCAGCUGGUAUCAACAUCCAAAAAUCCAAACAUCCAAACAUCAACAUCCAAAGCUCUUCGCCUAGCGGUCAUAUCAGCACCCAGGAUCUUGAUAUACACAGCCCUGAGAUAAAGACCAGUGGGGGGGUAAAAGCUAAAGUAAAGAUGCCCAAAUUCUUUGGCAAGUCAAAAAGCAAGGGAAGCAGUGCAAGUGAUCUGAGCUUUCAUGGGCCAGAGGUGGAACUAUCACAUGAAACAGGUGUGAAAAGCUCCAAAGGACUGAGUGUGAGCUCUGGAGAACUGCUUGGUGGCAAAAUCGAAGGAGGUGCAGGAUUACAUGUGUCACCUAAGAGCAAGUCUGCCUCACUAGAUCUGUUCAAGAAAUCAAGACAUCGCUCCUCCUCACUGAGUGAUGAGGGAGGUCUAGCUUCUCCCUCCUCCCCAGGUGGGCACUUACAAGCUGAGGGUGGAGAUGUCUCCCUGGAUGCAGGGGGAAUUAAUGUCAAGGGAAAGAAGGGAAAGUUGAAGUUUGGCACUUUUGGUGGUUUUGGCUCCAAGUCCAAAGGCUCCUAUGAAGUGACAUUUGGUGAAGAGGGUGAAGCAAGAGUAGAGGGAAGUGGAGGUGUUUCUCUCCCAUCCAAGAAGUCUAGAAUCUCCUCAUCCUCCAGCAGCGAUAGUGGAGCUAAAGCAGGCUUCCGAUUCCCCCGUGUUGAAUUAGCCAUGUCACCAAAGAAAUAAUUCAAAGUGGCCCUUUGUGUCUGAUCCUGCUCCCCCCCUCCCCACCACCCCAAUUCCAUCCACCCAUACUUUGCUUGUGAUCUCCAUUACCAAAGUCCCAUCACUAUCACCUCUAAUGUUUUAAGCUGAGGCAAAAAAAUCAGGCUGAUUUUCAAAACUUAUCUCCAGUACAACAUUUAUGCACUGUUACAGAAAUAAUCAGACAACGUGCCUAUUGCCUUUCAGUUAUCCACCAAAUAUUUACCUUAACUAAUCACACUGGAGUAUUUCUUUUUAGUUUUGAAAGUCAACCUUUUAACUGUAAAUAGGAAAUAAUCAGUUUUGUAUUUUUGAAACCUUUUUUUGUACAUAUUUUAUUGAACAUAUGCAAUUUCACUUAUUUCUUCCCUCCCUACGCAAGGCCUUGUGUGCAAAUGUUCAAAGUAACAAAAGUUUAGUUUCAGUUUAUUUCAGUACUUAAAAAAUAAUAUUAGUCAUGCUAUUUUUGUAUCUUUGAAAUGUAAUAAAGAAAUUAGUAAGUGGUCUGUAUCACAAAAAAAGCAAUACUAUGAUUUAAAUUGUUCUUUACAAGGAUGUGUGUCUAUACACACACAUAAAUGCAGAGCAACAUCAAUUUUUAUGUAUAAACAAAUGAUUUAUUUGCCUUUGUUUUGGAGCUUAAAUAUUGUAACCCAUGCUGAAAAAUGUAUACUUUUCAUAGUGCUCAUUUUUACAUUUUCUAUUAGAGUAACAAUGCUGGUAGUGACCAUAAUUGCAAAGAGAAUCAAUGAUGCGUUUGUACAAACUAAUGAACUACUGUUAGGACUAAGUUGCACUAGAAUACUGCCACACAUAAAACAAUGACUACAUUGCAUGGAAAACAUAGAUGAACAGAAUGGGAGAGCAAAUAACAAAUGUGGAUUUGAGAUCAACAAGGUAUAAAAACAAGACUGCAUGGCAGUGUCCUAGUGUGACAUCAGGGUGGUUCCUAUGGUCAUUUGUAUAAUAUAAUAUUUUCAUGUUUUGUCUUUUAUAAUGUGUCAUGAGGAAAUAUAGUACAUAUUCAAAAUGAAUACAGUUUUUUCAAAUGUGGAUUUGAAUAGACAGCAAAUUAUAGCUCCCAUGGUGUCAAAUGUCUACUGAGGAAUCAUAUAAUGUGAUGAAAUGCAGCCUUAGAGCUUUGUGGCCUGAAAUGCAUUGACUUAGCUGUAGUCAGCACAAGACUGAGAGCUGAUCUGCAACUACACUACUAUUCCCUCCAAACCUUCACUUGCCUUGUGGUGAAUCUCUUCCUCUCUCUCUCUCUAUCUCUCCAAGAAAGGCUGUAGUGGUUUUUGGUGGUGAGGGUGUAUGGAAGUGUUAGCUGUGAUGCUCUGUUGUAAUGCCACUUAUAUGUAGAAUGAAUUUAUUAUAUAAUGCUCCCUGCAAGUCAGUGCUUUCACUUAGGGGUGAACAUAUGUAAUAUCUAAUUUCCCAGUAACAACUAAUUGAUUUCAUUUAGACAUUGGGAUGUGGAAAUGUUUUUGUUUGUCUUUUUCUUUAAAUGAUUCAGCUACAAAACAGACUACAAAUAAACUGUUCAAUUAACCUCA